AUGCGCAAGUUGGAAUAUUUUGUGAUUCAAAUGAAAGUGAAAUGUAUACAUGAGACAAGGAUUACGAAUUCAACUCGUGUAAUGCAAUUAAUACUCUUGGUUGAAUUGCAAAUUACUUGGUUAGAUGACACGUCACUGAAUACUUAUAUAAACGUUGAAUUUCCAGUAGACUCAGUUAAAUUUUGUUGUUAG